UACCUCUCUUACCCCAAACCACUAUCCCUUGAAAUACAGUAUUAACCCUAGAGAUUAACCUUGAUACUAGAAUAAUGGUGCCGGUUUCCGUUUCUUUUUGGGACGACAGUGCUUGUCGAUACAGAUAAAGUAUGGGUAUGCCCGACAUCUACCAACUUGGUGGAGGGUCCAUUCGAGCUGGUGAUAAUCUGUAUGUAAAAGGACCGACAAGGAGCUGGCACCCUCAUGUAUAUUGGAAGUUAAAAGAGCGUUAACUACCGCUCUGGAAGCACUUCGAGGAGAUUGCGCAUACUUCAUUUAUCUUCUUUGGCCGAACUACGAACAAACUCGCCCGCCAUGCGUGUCGCCAUUGCCUUCUUUGUCCUGUCUCUGUCCGGCAUCAUCCAGAAUGGAUGUGCAGUAGAGAGUGGUAUCAUGGGCUUCGGCCUGUCCUUGUAUCAGGACCUCUGCUGCCAGACAUGUCACGACUCUCUUUCCGCCCUUUAUCUGAAUUGCACCACAUUCCCCGAAGACGGUAACAUGGACAUGAACAUGCCAAUGGAUAUGGGUAUGGAUACGUCCAUGGACAUGAUGCCGAUGACUAGCGAUGAGUGCUACACUUCCAACAUCCCUUGGCUCCAGACGAUGGCAUACUGCAUCCAACAGAACUGCAAUGCGGACGAGUAUAGUGCCGACAAACAGGCCAAAUGCUUCAGUACUCAAGCAUGUGCGGGUGCAUCAGAGCCAACUUUUCAGGACAGUUUGCCUGCCAAGGCUCCGACAGUCGAGCUCUCAGAGGAUGCAAUGUGGCUCAAUAUCACGAGCUUGGUCAAUAAGAACACCUACAGCUCCAUACACGGUACUCUGAAGGAAUUUACAAGACAGGAAUAUAUGCACACGAGAUAUUCGGUGAUACUCUUAUUCAUAGUCCUUGGCAUCUGCAUUGGCGGCGGCAUUCUGGCGCAGACCACAAGCGCACCCCUCGGAUUUCAGACAAAGCUACAUGCCUCCACUCUCUGGACCAAGCUCCAGCAGGACAUCUUCCUGCCAGCUCUAUUUGGGUCACGGCGGCUCGAACCUCUCCCCGGGAAUGUAGGCUACGUGCCAAGCCGGACGCUCAGCAUAUUCAUCACCAUCUUCGUCAUCCUGAACAUAGUCCUCUCGUCCGUUUCUUACCGCACCUCCCAGCCGAAUACCUGGUUCAAAUCCGGUCAAUUCGAACUAUGUGAGUACGUCGGGAAUCGCACGGGCACUCUGAGCCUGGUCAACAUGUGCAUUUCCAUCUUGUUCGCGGGCCGAAAUAACCUUUUAAUUGUAUUGACUGGAUGGAAUCAGACGGCUUUCCUGACCUUGCAUCGCUGGACGGCGAGGGUGGCUGCACUACAGGCGGUUGUCCAUUCAAUUGCGUAUACGCUGGCAUAUUUCGAGCCGGGCUAUGGUGGAGCGGCACAGUAUGCUGUUGAAGCAGCUAUGCCUUUCUAUUGGUGGGGAAUUAUCGCAACAAUAGCUCUUUGUCUCGCAGCAGGCUUUGCAAUCCUCCCGAUCCGCAUCAGAUCCUACGAAUUAUUUCUCAUAACUCACAUUAUCUUUGUCAUUAUCGCUCUGGUUGGAUGCUGGUACCAUCUCAUCCCCCACUUCGGAUAUGUCUUUGGCUAUCAAACAUGGCUUUACAUCGCCUUUGCCUUCUGGGCUGCGGACCGAUUCGCUAGACUUGCUCGCGUGGCCUACUACAAUCGUCUCAGUGGUUCAACGGCGAUCAUCGAAGCAAUUCCCGACUGCGAUAUCAUGCAAGUCACUGUCUUCCCACGUGCUGCUUGGGACAUUGGUCCUGGACAGCACAGCUUCCUGUACGUGGCUGGACUGGGUAAGUUCUGGGAAAGUCAUCCAUUCAGUAUUGCGGGUUGGAAGGGACAGUCAUCACCCACUACAGCUUCGACUUCGAAUCCCCUUUCUUCCCCAAUCGCUCGUUCUGACAGCGCCACGAGAGAAGAAGAGGCGAAAGAUUCGGGCGUUAUAUCAUUAGGUUCGCAACCAAACUCGACGACAACACUCACGGAAACUCAGGACCAGGGCAAGGCAUACAUCCGAUUCCUCAUUCGUGCACAUUCCGGAAUGACUUCCACACUGCAGCGCCGCCUAUUAUCUUCGCCAUCUCGCGCUAGCCUGGCAACAUCAGUCUAUACCGAGGGACCCUAUGCUGGCCACAAAGCAACCCUCCAGCCACUCUUCAUCGCCGACACAGUUCUCUGUAUCGUCGGCGGUAUCGGUAUCACAAACAUCCUUGGCUUCGUCCAAGAAUACUCAAGCGCGAACCUCCGAGGAAGUGAGGGGUCGGCAAAGAGCCAGAGGAUUAUGAAGAAAGCAAAGCGCUUUAUCCUCGCCUGGUCUGCGAGGGAAAUGGCUCUCAUCGAACACGUGAAGCAUAACUUCCUCCUCCCAAAAGACGAGGUUGACGGUAUCGAGUAUUCAUUCUGGUGCACGGGUUCCUCUUAUACUGCGGAGCCAAAAGUGGACGAUGUUCAUGAGGAGCGCCAGAAAGACGAAGGCGCAGCUCAGCCAACACCGGCGGCUAUAACAGCGGGGAGGAUGGAUAUCAGGAGUGUGAUGAGAUCCCAUGUGGAAACGGGUCAACAGAUGACUGUGGUGGUGUGUGGUCCUGGUAAUAUGGCGGAUGAAGCUACGAGGCAGGUUAUAGAUUGCGUGAAGGACGGAUUUAAGGUGAACUUAGUUGAAGAGUCUUAUACCCGGUAGUUUCUGUCGUUUGUUGCACCAAUGUUUUUGUCGCUUUAGCUACAAUUAUCUCAUCCUUUUGCUGGAGACUAUUUUCGAUGCGAGCAAUAUUUGUGGUCUAUCUGUCAUGGUCGGCACGUCGUGCAUGAUUCGAAAGGGAACGAGGCAUAUCGAGCACAUUACUCGUACUUUGGGUCAAUAAUUGUUAAACGUGCAAUGAUCGUCUGCCCCCUUGUAGAAGUAUAGUCCAAUAAAAACCCGAGUAAUGAAUGUUAUGCUGCUUUACCAUUCGUACGUAC